GAUUAAUCAACCGGCAGAUCUCUACCUAGUUGACCGUCGAGACGGUCUGUAAGCCAUCCUUAAUUCAUCUCGUGGGCGUUGAGCAUAGUUCCGCGUCGGUGCUGACAUUACCUCACGUCCAUCCGCUACCUGCUACCAACCGUCAUUUGGGGGCAGUUCUGGUGACAUACGUGUAUCGUCCGAGAAAAGAUCGCUUCGACCGCCUACUUCUCUUCCCCCUUUGAGAGCAAUCCAACAACGCCCUUCCAUUCCUACCACCGCCGCCCUCCCCUUCGCCCUCUCCCUACUCUAUGCUUUGACAUUGGGCCCCCGCCGUUGCAAUUCCUGACGUGAUGAUCAUCGUCUGUUGCAAUCCUCGCCGUUGCUACCGCUGCCGUGUGCCCCUCUCAGACAAGGUCGUAUAGUUAAGCAUGCAUAGUGACUUUCCAGAUCCACGCCACACCGUCGCUUAUCGCGAUGCCCUUUCUACGCCGUCGCGGCGUCAUGGCCAGCGACUCGGACAUGAGACGGCACACCAUCCUGGUGGAUCCACCUCCUGCCGCUUCCACCAAGCAAUUCUCACGCGAGCCCCAAGUUGAUACUUUGCUGAGUCCGGAUCUUUUCGCGAAGAACGGAGGCGGCCCGACGUAUGAGGCCGCGGGCGGAAACGACGACGCCGGCAAGUCUUCAGUCGACACGGUCGCCACCACGUCCGCGUCAGCCUCGAUGUUCCCCGGAAGGGAAAGCGAAGACCCGUACAAUCGCCCGGAAUCCCCACCUGUACAAGACGAUUCACCGAAGCACCGCAGGUUCAGCAUGCUGAGGUUUCGCAAUGCCUCUGAUUCCCAAUUAUCGGCCAGAUUAAGACAACAACAGCAAGCCGAGAAGCCACCACCUAUUCCCCAGCCUCCUGCCAUCAUUACCACAGCACCUACUAUGGAUAUAGACAGUCAGCCCAAUAAGCAACUGCGUAUGAAGAUCCCAAUGCGGAUGCGCCGAUCAAGUGACAUCCCUGAAGGUGACCGAGAACCCGCACUGAAGCUUGUGCAGUCCUGGACGGCCAAGAAAGAGAAGAAAAAGACCAUAACCGAGCGAGUAACACCCUCGACGACUAAGCAGGCGGUAACCUUUGAGGAGCCUUCUAGUUUUGGAGGGGAUACGUGCCACGCAAAUGCCGAUGACCAGAACUCUUCCUUAGCCCCCCCCGUUGGCCGACUUUCCGAGUCGUCCAGAUCUGAAAGUAGCUCCAACGACCAUGCCGCAUCAACACCGGCCGGCUCGUCUCAUCCAACAGGGUUUUUUCGCCUCCGCCGCAAGCAGAAGCAGCCCGAACCUCUAUUUCCUCUGGCCCAUCUACCACAGAGAUCUAAGACCCCCACGACGUCCGGCCCACGUGCUUCUACCUCGUCGCGCCCCUUCAAUGUCACGCCAGAUACGUCUCGCCCUUCGACGGGACAGGACGUAUCGACCCCCUUAGCUUCUCCCCCCCGCGCUACAGUCCAACAUGGAAAAGUUUCCGGUUCGCCGGCCACGACGUUAUUUAAACCGGCUUCACGGAACUCUGGGCAAUCUUCCCCAUCCCGAGUCCAUCCCGGUACCAGGGGUAGGUCUUUGACCAUGAGCUCCGUCGGAGAUAAUUUCGUUGAUGACCGUCAGCAUCUAGGGACUACCCGAACCUCGUCAUCCAUCGGCCGAAAAAGUUUCGGUGACCUUUUGGGUCUCGGCCGCAUACGACAGAAUCCCGAUAACUUACGGCAUGGGAGCCUUACACCUGCAACUCCUGGUUCCAAUGCCUCCAAGAACAACUCGCUCCAGCUAGCCCGGGAGCCAGUAGUACUCCCCGAGCGACGGGAAGAUGAUACCCCCGCCAAGUAUCUAGCACGCCUAGAAGAUGUACUUAGCCACGGCGUGAUUGCAAGCGCCCUAUCAAAGGAGACCGACCCAUUUUCAGCAUCAGUGCUGCGAAGUUAUAUGCGAACCUUCAGCUUUUUUGAAGAACCGAUGGACAUGGCCAUACGGAAGCUCCUGAUGGAGGCCGAGCUUCCCAAGGAAACCCAGCAGAUCGAUCGCUGCCUACAAGCAUUCGCGAACCGCUACCACGAAUGCAAUCCCGGCAUCUACUCUACUCCCGACCAAGCCUAUUUCAUAGCCUUUUCCCUUCUCAUAUUACACACAGAUGUGUUCAACAAGAACAAUAAGUAUAAGAUGCAGAAGGUUGAUUAUCUGAAGAACACCCACGGUGAAGGCAUCUUCGAUGAUAUACUCGAGUGUUUCUAUGACAACAUCAGCUAUACACCGUUUAUCCACGUGGAAGACGAUCCCACCGUAAAUGGGGACCGCACCAGUAGCCUGAGAUCGAAAAGGAUAGCCAUCUUCCCGAACGGCACACCCGAGACACUACGAAGAUCAAAGGAUCCAAUUGAUCCAUACACACUCAUCCUCGACGGUCAACUCGAAACCCUAAGACCGCCACUCAAGGAUCAGAUACCUCUAGAGGAACACUAUAGCUACCUAGGCACCGCUCGGAACUUGAACCUAAAGGAGCUACAGAAGACAUUCUUCAGGACUGGGGUUUUACAGAUAGUCUCGGCGCGGUCCCGGCCAGAUGCCUUCAUGACGGAGAAGACGGCUAAUAAUCCGCAAGAAGCGCAUCCCGGCAUUGUGGAUAUCAAGGUCACCAAGGUCGGGCUGCUAUGGCGUAAGGACCCAAAGAAAAAGAAAACUCGCUCACCAUGGCAGGAGUGGGGGGCGAUCUUAACAGGCGCUCAGCUGUACUUCUUUCGAAACACCGCUUGGGUUAAGAAUCUAAUGCAUCAAUACGAGACCCAUGUAAAAUCGGGUCAGGACGGGAUCCCCCUCAUAUUCAACCCGCCCAUCGAGCAGUUCAAGCCCGACACUCUAAUGUCGACCCAUGGUGGGGUUGCUCUCUGGGACAUCAGUUACAAGAAGCACAAAAACGCGUUCGUAUACGUCCGUCACGGCGGGCUGGAGGAGGUCCUCCUCGCCCAGAACGAAGAAGAUCGGAACGACUGGCUGGCCAAACUAAACUACGCUGCCGCUUUCAGGACAUCCGGUGUACGGAUGCGAGGAGUUGUAGGUGGGAAUUACGAGGAUCAAAGCAGACGUACAGUUAGGAGAUCAGACGGAGCCGAUGCGACGCGCCUCACUCAGACGCCCAACGGAGAUGUUUACCGUAGUCGUAUCGAUCAUCAGAUGGCUCAGGAUAUCCUCAUCGCUCGCCGCGAAUUAAUACGAAAAAGGAUUGAUGAAGCCGACGAAAAGCUCGUAUCGGCACAAAAGCUUCUCGAGACUCAAUUGAGGAAUGCUAGGCAUCUAUUAAUCUUGGCUCCAAUCCAGGACAAGACCCGGGACCAAGUCCGUGGGGGCGCCGCUAAAAUUAUCGCCCAACUGAAGUGGUCUCGGACUGAAAUCUGGAGGCUGAAAUGCCACCGCGAUAUCCUGGCGCUGGAUCUGGAGGAGGAAAAGGAGGUCAGCGGUGACUUCGAGGAAGGUAGAGCUGGAACCAGCGCGUCCGCUGAAAUUCCGUCCGCCGCGCCGUGCAGCUCAAGGGGCAAUUCCCAGAAGGCACAACACAGCCCACGGUCUCCAGGUCCGUUAUCAUUAAAUUUGUCAUCGGAAUCUACCAAACCAACAGAUGAAGAUUCUCCAGAAGCCGAAGAGUUCCAAACACCACCAACUACUGCUACCGACCCGUCUUUCCGAAAUAUCCAGCCUCCCCGGGAUGUAGCUCCCCUCCCUCCUGACUAUCUUAGUCCUAGGAAAACCUCCGUGUCAAGUGGUGCCUCAUCUGCACUCGCGGCCGUUUCUACCUCACCCCGAAUGACGCCAAGCUCAGCGAUAGAGCAAGACAGUACCGUGAUUGAUGAGCAGGCUGACGACGACGAAGGCGAAAGGCAGAUCCUUGAGCAGGCCGGCCUACUGGAGACGGAAUCCGUCCGUUCAUCUGCCCACCGGCGAACUUCCUCUGACAGAGCUCACGAAGAUAACCUAAAUCGACUUAAGGGUGCGCACGCCGCCGGAUCAGACAAGGAUGGAUUUGAACGAAGCAAAGUGCGCCGCAGCCUCCAGCGAACGCUUAGGGACGGACCGGGGCACUUAUCACACCACCGCAGUCGGAAAGGCAAGGACUCCGCAUCGAGCGGUGGAAUGUCGGACGAAACAGUCCGUGAAAGUGAGGUUCUCUUCCGUGGUACUGGCAGCUUCACCGUGCACGGUAAAAAGGCAUCUAUAGUCAACUUCGGAAGUGAGCUACAGAGCAUGUCAACCGAUGAACGCAUGAAGCAGCGUAAGCAGUCGUCCCAUAGUGAGGAUUCCAAACACGAUUCUUCCGCCAGCGCCGACGACUUCCACUCCAUCCUUGGCCAAGCUCGAAAGCCAAGGCAGGGAUCAGCUGCUAGCGCCAGUACGGCGACAGCUCGGUCCUUCCGCGAACUCCAUCGGAAAUAUUCGUCGUCGAGGGCUCAUCGCCUCGUAACAGGUGGGGGGUUGACAGUUCCAUCCGAUGAAGACAGCGACGCAGCCAUCAGCUUCUCCGAUGGUCGAAAGUCACCUCUGCCUCCCCUAGACGACGAAGACGAAAGCCCUGGGGUAAGUCCUAUGGAGCAAGCGCGGUUUUAUACACCGGAGCCACCUAGCUCCCCAACCCAACAGAAUAUUCCCGAAGCGGAGCAAGGGAGCGGCGAGGAGACAGCCCAAGACAUAGAGCGACUACCCAGCCCCAUCAUUCAGGCAGUUGGCGCAUAGAAUUCCCUCGCAGCAGGGCGCGUCGGCUCCCACGGAUUUCGCAAUCAUUGCCAUGUCGGUGCUUUGAGCGGCUGGUUCAGCAGGCAAUUGGGAGAGGACUCGAAACAUAGGUACUCGAAAAGAAAAUAUGUACUGGUAGAAAGCCCACGCUCAAAAGGACGAAGAGAUA